CACCACUGAAAUUGAUGCUAUUCGAUUUGAACACAAUACCGAUAUUGUCAACCGUAUGUCAGUGGAGUUGAUACAUGAAGAUGGGCGCAACAAACUGAACGGUUCAUUUUCAUUUGCCCAAGAUUUCAAUGAUUUGCACAUUUUUAAUUGGGUCAUUCUUAAUCGGCCCAAUGGCAAACGUCCAACCCUAUACAAUGUCAGUGUCAGUGCCUGUAAAUUUCUUGAUAACUCGGCGAAAAAUCUAAAUCCCAUAUUCGCAACUGUGUUACAGUUAUUGAAGAAAUAUAUAACAGGCUUUCCUCGAAAAUGUCCUCUACAAAAGAAUCUUGAACAUUUAAUGAAGGGAAUAUAUUUCGAUGAAGAUAUGAUGCCACCUUAUUUGCCAGAGAACAAUUUUACCGGUGUCAUUGGAUUUAUGCGUGCAAAUAUUAUGGGCUUCAAGGUGACCUUAAAGGCACGUGUGGAGAGUAAAUUUAAAGGGGAUAACCGCAGAGGAAAGAAGUAAUCGGAAUUUAGGAUUAUAAAACAAAAUCCAAAUGGGAACAUCCAAUACUACAAUCA